AUGCUACUCAUCUGGGCUACGUUCGCUCGACCCGCGCCUCGCGCCGAGCCCACGCAGCACCCGUCCACGCCCGAGGCCCGGCACGCCUCUCACCUGUUUCGGAGGCGGCCACCGUCACCUCCCAGAGUCAAGCGCCUGGUGGUCGACAAGGUGCCUGGCAGUUUCCCUGCCCCCGCCUUUCUGUACACCUUUGGGUCCGCCCAGUACGUGUGCUACUAUGACGCCGCGCACUGGUUGACGGUAGCGAAGCGGACUCUCGACACGCAGGUGGAUCUACGCUCGAGCCACAGGUGGAUCUACGCUCGACUCCCCACACAAAUCGCCUGGGACUCGCACAACAGCAUCACUCUGGCGGUGGACCGGAACGGCCACGUUCACCUCUCUGGCAAUAUGCACUGCGUGAUGCUGAUCUACUUCCGCAGCCGCGAGCCAGGGAACAUCAGCACCUUUGAGCGUCUGCCCAUGACUGGUAAAGAGGAGAGCGUCGUCAGCUACCCAAACUUCAUGAAGGGACGCGAUGGGGCGCUCCUGUUCAACUACCGCCAUGGGCACCCAGGAAGGGGCAUCAUCGUCGUAAACAGGUACCACUCGAGGACGCGGACUUGGUCGCGGAUGAUGGCGCGGCCCUUACUCGAUGGUGAAGGCAGACGCAGCGCCUACAAUUCACAACCCCGGCGCGGGCCUGACGGUCGCUUCCACAUGGUAUGGCUGUGGAGGGAUCGGGCAAGCUGCGACACCAACCACGACCUCUCGUACGCGCGCAGCCCGGACCUGGUGCACUGGGAGACCGCCACCGGCGAGUCCGUCUCGCUCCCCCUGCGCCUGUCCAACCGCUCGCUCGUCGUCGAUCCGGUCCCCACGCGGUCUGGCCUGAUCAACGGCGGCACACCGCUCAGUUUCGACACGUACGGUCGGCCUGUGAUUGCCUACCACAAGCAUGAUGCCAACAGGAGCAUGCAGAUCUACGUUGCCCGCUUGGAGGAAGGGAUAUGGGUGCGCAGGCAACUCACAGGCUGGGACCAGGAGGUGCUCUUCCGGGGAGUCGGCUCAAUGGGGUUUGUCGGCAUUGCAAUCUCGAAACUUACGAGGGUCGCGCCCGGGGUCCUGGCCUUGAGCUAUCGCCACAAGCACUACGGGUCAGGGCGGAUCACGCUCGACGAGCGGACGCUCGCGCCCCUCCCAAAUGACCGCGUGAGCUUCCCGUGCCUCCCAAGGCAGCUGGACACGAUCCGAAGCGACUUUGUAGGGGCAAAUCACGCAGCAUACAAGGGCAUGUCGAAGCGCUGGACGGUGGACCGUGGCGAGCCAAAUCCUGCGGCGCGCGUGCAGUACGUCCUACAGCACGAGACGCUCGGCACCAACAAGGACAAGCAGCCCGCGAAGCUGGCGCCAGAUAGCGAACUAGAGCUGCUCGAGCUGCGCGGCGUGCCGGUGCAGUUCGAUGGCGAAGCCGAGUUUGCCGUAUGGGGCCUGCCCGAAAGCGGAAGGAUUGACAACUGCACCGUGUGCGGCUCCUGUGACGCUGCCACACCCACGUCUCGUGUGCCCAUCACGAUGGCAAUGGCUGCGCGUCUCCUCGAGCCCAAGAACCUGACCGAGGCCGACAUCCACGCCCGGCAGGCCUCCAUCCCCUCGACCAAGACGAGGAGCCGCCGCCCCUCAUACCUGUCAGCGGAGGACUUGCCGGGAACCGGCGACACGAGCCCAAAUCAGGAGCCUCCUGAGCAGCCGCCCCGCCCGCCGAGCGCCGGCGAGGCUGACCCGGACGCGCGCAAGGCCGCAUCGGCAAAGGCGAAGCCAAUCCGCUGGGAGCCGUACGUCGAGCGCCCCGAGGAGGCGUACCCCGUUUCGGAGCCGGCAACCCCGGCCACCGCGCCAGAGCCGAGGACGGAGGCGGUGGGCGACGCAGUGAUCCGCGCAAUGCUCGACCAGCUGCGUGAGGAGCGCGAGAGGGUCAAGCGCCUCGAGGCAAAGCUGGCCGACGCCACGGCCAAGGCGCAGGAGAUGGAGCUUCGCGCGGUCCGCGCAGAGGCGCGGCUCGAGGCCAAUGGCGCCCUCACCCAGUGA